GUUCAAUGCUCUACCCAACGCAAACGUACCACGCCUGCCUCGAGAGAAAGAGAGAGAAAGAAGGAAGGGCUCGUCUGCGAGCUCAUAAGUACUGCAAGUUCUUCUUAGCCUUUCGCUUUCAUGGAGCUUGAAUUACCGCCGGUGAUUCAUGAGAACUAUCAUCUUCUUGUUUCCGCCGUUGCAUUGUUGUUCGGUAUCGUUUCGUUGUACGGCUUGAGGUCGAAUCUAAAAACGCGUCGUAAAUCGAAGGAAAUCUGGCGGAAAUCUAGUAACAACUCCGGUAACGAUGGAUUGCAGUCGCCGGAGACCGAUGGAAGCACUGACGUAAUUAUUGUUGGAGCAGGUGUUGCCGGUGCUGCUCUCGCUUGUACUCUUGCAAAGGAUGGACGUCGAGUUCAUGUCAUUGAAAGGGACUUAACUGAACCAGAUCGAAUAGUAGGUGAACUUCUACAACCAGGAGGCUAUUUAAAAUUGAUCGAGUUGGGUCUUGAGGAUUGUGUGGAUGGAAUCGAGGCACAGCAAGUUUUCGGUUAUGCCAUUUACAUGAAUGGUAAAAACACUAAACUCUCAUACCCUUUGGAAAAAUUCGAUUCUGAUAUAUCUGGAAGAAGCUUUCACAAUGGUCGUUUCAUUCAACGAAUGAGGGAAAAAGCCGCGACUCUUCCAAAAGUCAAAUUGGAACAAGGGACUGUAACUUCAUUGCUUGAAAAAGAAGGAACAGUCCAAGGUGUUUGUUACAAAACCAAAGACGGUCAAACGUUGACUGCAUACGCACCUCUCACCAUUGUUUGCGAUGGUUGCUUUUCAAAUCUACGCCGCUCUCUCUGCAAGCCCAAGGUGGAAGUACCUUCUUGCUUUGUGGGUCUUGUGUUAGAGAACAUCGAUCUUCCAUACGCAAAUCACGGACAUGUUAUCCUCGCUGAUCCUUCACCGAUUUUAUUUUACCCAAUUAGCAACACCGAGGUUCGUUGUUUGGUGGAUGUCCCGGGACAAAAAGUACCUUCCAUUUCAAACGGUGAAAUGGCCAACUACCUGAAAACCGUAGUGGCCCCACAGAUUCCACCGGAGCUAUAUGAUGCUUUUGUGGCAGCUGUCGAUAAAGGAAACAUUAGAACAAUGCCAAACAGAAGCAUGCCGGCUGACCCACAGCCCACUCCAGGCGCGCUUUUAAUGGGUGACGCGUUUAACAUGCGACACCCGUUAACCGGUGGAGGAAUGACAGUCGCUUUAUCAGACAUCGUCUUGCUUCGUGACCUUCUUAGACCAUUAAGAAACCUCAACGAUGCGCCUAUGCUUUGUCAUUAUCUUGAAUCCUUCUACACGCUUAGAAAGCCGGUGUCGUCUACGAUAAAUACAUUGGCGGGUGCGCUUUACAAGGUAUUCUGUGCAUCACCUGAUCCCGCAAGGAAAGAAAUGCGUAACGCGUGUUUUGAUUAUUUGAGCCUUGGAGGGAUUUAUUCAGAAGGACCGAUUUCACUACUUUCGGGGCUUAACCCGCGUCCACUUAUCCUAUUUCUACAUUUCUUUGCGGUGGCUAUAUACGGUGUUGGCCGUUUGCUUAUCCCAUUUCCUACACCAAAACGAUUAUGGCUCGGGGCUAGACUCAUCAUGGGUGCGUCUGGGAUCAUAUUCCCGAUCAUUAGGUCUGAAGGAGUUAGGCCGAUGUUCUUCCCUGUGACAGUUCCAGCGUACUACAGGACUCCACGUGUUGCUUGAUUCAAAAAAUAUUGUUAUUCGGUUAGGCCGAUCUUGUUAUUUGUUUUUUGAAAUGUAAUAUAUAGUUUUGUUCUGUACGAAAGUAUUGUUUGUAAAGAAAGGACCCAAACAAUAACAAUGGUUGAAAAUAAAGAGAGAGUUUAUUCUCUUUUUCA